CCUGCGUGUCUGCUGUGAUCGCGGGCCGAACUGCAUAGUCCGCUCCCUUCCUCGGCUCGCAGACAGACCACCCGCCUGCCUCGCCGUGUCCAGCGCAGCCCCGCCGGCGCGGAUGUGGGGCCGGCUGCGGGCGGCCCUGCGCCCAGCGGGAGGGGAGCCCGAGGCGCCUGGAGCCGAUGCAGCCUUGCUGGAAGAUGAAACUGCAGAAUGAGAAGCCUCUGGGCCAUUCUACCAGCCGUUCCAGCAAUAUUUCUAAGGUGCGUGCUGAAUCAGAAAAUGCGGUAGGCAGUCCAACCUCAGUGACGGCUCCUCACAGCUUCUCCAGGACUUCAGUCAGCCCCUCGGACCAGGAUAUCUGCAGUUCGGAUGCAAUUCCAUCUGAGCAUGUGCCAAGCAGUCCACUGCAGACUGUUGUUGUCCUGACUAGGCCCAAAAGCAAAUCAUCUCUGGUCCACGAGGUUGUUGCUACGUGUGCCUGUCAAGACAUGCCACAAAGUACAAGGAAGCAGAGUUUAUUUGGAGAAGAUCUGGCUCAACUCCUUUGGCCUGGGAAGCAAACCACAGACAGUGGAGAGGUGAAGCACUCCAAAUCCCUCAACGAUGUCCACAUGAAGCCUGAUCGAUCAGCUAGCAGUCUGAGCUUCAUUGAGAGGACUUGCUCCGAUGGAAAAUUAACACCAGUCCAAGCGAAGAGCUCAAAGAUGAAGAAACAACAUCACAUUAAGAAGAGAGAAGACUAUUACAAACCAUUGCAAAAUAUCCUAAGUUCUCAGAUGCAGCCCUUUGUGUCUGGUUUCUCAGACAACCAGGGGCCUAGAGAUGGCCUUGGUGUGGUUGAAGUCACGGUCACUGAAGCAGAGCAGAGCAACAGAAGAUCCUACCUGUACCGACUUUUCUUCCCUUCCUUGCACACUUCGAGCUUGUGUGUUCUGAAGAGGCUUCCUGAACCAGAGGGGAGUGGUGCCCACGUUCCCGUUACCAAGCUGUCCAGUGACUCCUUUUGCUCCGAGGAAAUUGGAGACGAUGAUGUGUUUGAGAAAGAUACUGCAAUCAGAGUGCCUGGGCUGGAAGUAACCGAGGAAGAGCAGCGAGCCCCCCUUUGCUCAUUUGAAGGUGACAGUGACCUAGAAGGUCCCUCCCUUACAUCUGUAAAAUGGUGUCUUUCGCCAUCCUGGGAGGUGUGCAGAAUAUGUCACUGUGAAGGAGAUGAUGAAGGUCCACUCAUUACGCCCUGUCACUGCACUGGGAGCCUCCGAUAUGUACACCAGGCUUGUCUGCAGCAGUGGAUCAAGAGCUCAGACACACGGUGCUGUGAGCUCUGCAAAUACGAGUUCAUUAUGGAGACCAAAUUAAAACCACUGCGGAAAUGGGAGAAGUUGCAGAUGACUGCGAGUGAGAGGAGAAAGAUCCUGUGUUCAGUUACAUUCCAUAUCAUUGCAAUCACCUGUGUGGUGUGGUCAUUGUACGUCCUGAUUGAUCGGACAGCUGAAGAGAUUAAGCAAGGCCAGACGAACGGUAUUUUAGAGUGGCCAUUUUGGACUAAGCUGGUGGUUGUGGCGAUUGGAUUCAUUGGAGGACUUGUGUUUAUGUACGUCCAAUGUAAAGUAUACAUACAACUAUGGAAGAGACUGAAGGCAUACAACAGAGUGAUUUAUGUACAGAACUGCCCAGAGACCAGCAGGAAGAGCAUAGUGGAGAAACCACCAUUGAUGGAGCAAAGCUUUGAGAACAAGGAAGCUCCAUCAGUUCAACGUUCAGAUAUCAACUCUCUGCGUUGUACAGAGCCUGAGGAUCAUGGGAUGGGAAUACUGAAUGUCUGAAGUUUACAUAAUAUGGGGUGUCUCUUGUCUCGCCCUCCCCCUGUCUCCCCGUCUCCCCCACACCCCCACCCUGAA